AAACUCAGGUCUACUACUACUAUUGGAUAUCAUAGAUUAUUGAGUGUACUAUCUAUACCAUCAUCACUGCUGGCGAUGACAUACAACAAGAAGAAGAAAUGGCAAACUGAUAGCCAACGUAAACGUAUGGAUCAACUGUUGUUGUUGUUGUCGUCGUCGUCUGACAAUUGGUUUCAAACCAAUAGAUUCACACCAUUAUUAUUAUCACCACCGCAUCCGUGGCCAACAACAACAACAUCAACAAUACGAUCGGCACAUACCAUCAUCAUCAACGACGAUAAGGACACUGACAUCGAUAUUGUGAAGAUUAAGAAACAAUGCCACAAAAUGAUUGUCAAAAUAUAUAACAAAUCAUUUUUGGACAACAAUUCAUAUGAAACAUUUGGUACCGGAUUUCGUAUGAAUUUAGCCGAAAUGUCGAUCAUUACUAACGCACAUGUAGUACGUGGCAGACAGUUAUGUCAAGUGAUAAUGUAUUAUGAAUCGCUGGUCAAAACAAUGGAUGCCCAUGUAGUCUAUUGUGAACCGCACCGGGAUCUGGCACUACUGAAACUAAUCUACCGGCAAACCGAUAGAUUUCGAUCGAAAGACAUAGAAGAUCAACGAAGAUUACCGAAUUCGACAAAACUGAGGACUAGAAAUGUUUUCGGUAGACCAGUGACCACUAUUGGCUACAUUAAUCCUACAAUUGUGGAUGUAUUAUGUCAGUGGGGCUCAUGUCGAUCGCUGGGCGUUACUGUUAGACAAUUGAGUGAUGGGUAUGAAAUUGAUUUGGUUUAUGUCGACCAAUCGCAUCAAUUUUGGUCGCAUUCGGCACCGUUAGUUGACGGCAAUUCGGGCGGUCCGCUUUUGGCAUCGGAUGGCCAGGUUAUUGGUGUUACCACUAUGGCUAACGUCAAAUCUAGUUUUGCCUUUGCCACUCCUAGUUUCCAUGUGUUAGAUUUUUAUAAAAAUGGCAAAAAAUAUGAGAAAGGAGAGCCAAUUAGACAAUUAAAACGAAAAAAAUACUAUGAAUUGGACAGUCAGGUCUACAAACGACUGUUGGGUCUAAUAGUAGAUUGCGAACCAUUUUCGGGUACUCUAACAAUACAAUCGGCACUACCGACGGCCCCAACUGAAGCAGAAGGUAUUAUUGGUACAAUUGUUUGGCAAAUUAACAUACAGGAGAUCCACAAUAUCGAUGACAUCCAAUCGGCUAUCGAUGAUAAACCAGUUAUCCGAUUGUGGAUUAGAUAUUUUACCAUAGAUGACGAUGAUGAUGACGAUAGUGAUAGUGAAACAAAUAAUAAAAGUAGUGGUAGUGGUAAUGGUAGUGGUAGUAGUGGUAGUGGUAGUGGUAGUGGUAGUGGUAGUGGUAGUGGUAGUGGUAGUGGUAGUGGUAGUGGUAGUGGUAGUGGUAGUGGUAGUGGUAGUGGUAGUGGUAGUGGUAGUGGUAGUGGUAGUGGUAGUGAUAGUGGUAGUGGUAGUGGUGUUAAAAAUACUAUCAAAAGCAUUGAUUACAAUACGAUUGUAUCCACUGAUGAUGUUUUGCCAGUAGUUUUUUGA